AUGAAUGUGUAUAUGAUAUGCAUGAUUGUUUUCCAGGUUGGUGAGGCUUCUGAACAAGAUGGUUACACAUCGGCAUCAUUCCAUCCACAUGGUCUUUUGCUUGGAACAGGAAUGACUACUGCUGUUGUCAAAAUUUGGGAUAUGAAAACUCAGUCACAUGUUGCAAAUUUAAAGGGCCACGUUGGACCUGUCACAGCCAUGUCUUUCUCUGAAAAUGGUUACCUCUUAGCGACUGCAGCUCGUGAUGGUGUCCGGCUUUGGGAUGUUCGUAAAUUAACAAAUAUGAGGACUAUUUCUCCUUAUGAUUCAGGCACGCCAACCAAUGCGGUGGAAUUUGAUUCAAGUGGAAGCUAUCUUGGCAUUGGUGGUUCAGAUGCAAGGGUUUACCAAGCAGACAAGGCUGAAUGGAACAUUAUCAGGACACUGCCAGACCUAUCAGGAACAGGGAAAGUAACUUCCCUGAAGUUUGGAGCCGACGCCAAUUACAUUGUUGUAGGUUCGAUGGUCUAUAACCUACGGAUAUUUGGUCUCCCUGGGGAUGAACAAAUGGACGUCUGA